AUGGUGUUAUUGGUGGUGAUGAUGGCUACCUUGGGAUCCACCAUGGCUGUUGUGUAUCAAGUUGGUGAUUCUGUUGGAUGGACUUUCAACUAUAACUAUGAACAAUGGGCUUCUUCCAAGAAUUUUCAACUCGAUGAUGUCCUUGUUUUCAAUUACAACCCACAACUGCACAACGUGAGGCAAGUGAACAAGACCAGCUUCGACUCCUGCACUGAUCAUGAUCCAGUUGCCAGCUUCUACACCGGCAGCGACUCACUCACCCUCAUGACUCCGGGUGAUUACUACUUUUUGUGUGACAUUCCUGAUCAUUGUGCUUCUGGACUCAAAUUUCACUUCAAAAUCGCUAUGCCAGCGACUCCCGGGGGUACUAAUACUAAUACUCCUCCGGAAAGUACAACUCCUCCUCCUGCUCCAAAGGGUUUUUCUUAUUUUCCUGGUUCUGCGGGUAUCACUCCUAGUAGAAGCAAUGCUUAUUCAUCCAAAUGGUUACCAAUGAGCAUGUUAUUGCCAUUGUUUCUUGCUAGCUCUAUGCUUCUAUUCAUGGUUUAG